UGUUCAAUAGUUGGCAAACGACUAGGGGCAGUUGAAAUAUCUACUUAUUUUCAUAGUUUUCAAUUGCAUUUCACCGUACAGCCCAUCCGUCGGAUUUUGAGGUUAGAAACACAAAGACGUCGAAAUGGAUUUCAGCGCUCUUCUCCAGCAAGCGCAAAAGCUAUCCCACGAUACUCAGGUCUCCGAUGACUUGCCGCGGGUCGAGCACACGCUGACGCAGGUGCUUCAAGCGACCCAGGAGCUGCACUCGCGCGUCUCCCAGACCGGCGCAUAGGACAUGCCGGCGUAAGUUUCGGUCUCAAUUUGAGGUGUUUGAGAUUUAAAGAGUAUUUUUCUUCCAGGCACAUUCUGCUCGGCCACAAGGGCCGAUGAUCUCGCAGAAGCUGGAGACGCUGAGCUCGCGCUAGACGUUCGAACCGUUGGAUCCGAUUUCGACGACGGACAUUCAGAGCUUCCUGCGCAACGAGAAGGAGAAUGCGAUUCUGUCCGUUAUCGAGGAGGUGCACAAGAACUCGUUGCAGGCGGCGCAGAACGCCAAGUGGGAGCACACGAUGAACGACUGGAAGCUGGAAAAGGUGAAGCUGAUGAACGCGUUGGUUGGUUCGUCGCAGAACUGGAUGGACAUCCGGAAGGGGCCGGAGCAGACAAUCUUGAACGAGAGCACGUUUGGCGGAAGGUCGUCGUUGAACAACCAGGAAAUGGCGUACGCUCGGGAGGUAUACGAAUACAACAAUUGAUCAACGAGGGUGCGAUGCGACCGUCGCUGGUUCAGCGGUUCGCCCAGGUUACGGAUGGGUUCAACGACUCGAAAGUUAGUGACAUCUGGGAGAUUAUGAAGUACAUGCCGAGCGUGAAACCCAGUCCGCGUACUCAGGAUCCUCUGCGAGCCCGUUGCACCCAGACGCAGUUUAUCGAGCAGGCCAAGCGAUAUCUGGAGAAUCGUUACAAUCUGUUCAUGCAAACGGUCAUUGCGGAACAUCUGCGGGACGCGCAACGCGGUGGAAUCCCCAGUAUUCUGAACCUGGUUGGAUCGUUCGUCGGAUUAAAGUUCGCCAACCAGAACCAAAACUUAUGCUUAUGAUGAAUAAUUGCGUAUCAAUUAAAGUGAUAAUAAGCUUAAUAAAAUUUUCUUAAAAGUAAAUUAAAAACAAACAUGAUAUAG